UUCACCAAUGGAACUAUGGCAGCUCUCGCUGUGAAAGUGGAAUCUGUCCCCAGCUUGUCUCCAAGUCAACUAACUCUAAGGGAUCCGAGUUGCCGGCCUCUUCAGUCUGAUGCUAUCAAUGCGGUUUUCUACUUCAAUGUCAACUCCUGUGGAACAACUAGAAGGUUUGACAACAACCUCCUGACUUAUGAGAAUGAAGUGCUGUUCACAUCUUACCGGUUGAGAGUUGCCUGUCACUAUCUGGUCAAUGACACCAAGGUAGUGCAGUUCUUGUACCAGAAUAAUCCUGCACCUGUAGUCCAGCCUGGCUUGGGGGACCUUGCAGUCAUCAUGUGGCUUGCAUUGGAUUCAGCCUACAAUGACUUCUAUGGAGCUCGGGAUUACCCUGUUGUGAAGUACUUGCGUAGACCCUUGUAUUUUGAGGUAGAGCUCCUGUACAGCAGGGAUCCACAGGCUGAAUUGUUUUUGGAGAACUGCUGGGCAACCUAUUCUGCUGACAGGAAUAGCUCUCCAAAGUGGGAUGUUGUUGUGGACAGCUGUGAGAACUCUGCAGAUGAGUACUUGACCAUCUUUCACCCAGUCUCCAGCAAUGCAAGAGUGCUGUUCCCUUCCCAUCUGAAGAGGUUUGAAGUGAAAAUGUUUUCCUUCACAAGCGGCCGGGAUGCACUGAAAGGACAGAUUUACUUCCACUGCGGUGUUGUGAUAUGUGAUUCAAACCGGCCAUCAGACAGCCUCUGUAGCAGACGGUGCAUUCCAGGGAAACAGAGGCUUGGUCGCAGUGCUGAAGGGAUGGAUGGUGGUGCAGUAAAGGCAUUUGUGUCUUCUGGUCCAAUUGAGCUGAAGAGAGAUGGAUCCCUUCACUUUAUGCCUAGAAGCGGCCAAUUCAAUGUGUGGUCCCUUCUGGGAGCUGCAAUGGGUGUGUGUUCAGUGGUUGUCUUUGUAGCUGGAGUUGUAUAUUUUUGGAAAAUGCCCAAAAGUGUGUAUUGAUAAAUAAAAAUCUUGCUGUAAAGACUGUUUUG